UCAGUUCCAGGAGUGAGUUACGGCGGGUUAUCUCGUAAAGACGCGUGAUCUAUGGCCGCGUCGCACGACACAAAGCGGGAUUGUGAUGGAGAUCCGCUACGCGUACAGAUCGACGUAAAAAUCGGACCGUUGCGCGAUAUGGAUUUCUAACAGAUGACAAAGUGCAAGCUUUCUCAGUCUCUCGCGACGUAACGUAACCUACAUCGCGUUAAUGGCGAGGUUAAUCCUCCACGAGAAGACGCCAGAAAUGGCAGUAAAAUAAAUAGCUGCGCGGAAAGUAGAAUGGAUUCGUGGUCCUGGUUACUAUAGCACAAAAUGUGACACUUAAGUUAGCUACUUAAAGGCAACUGGCAUAUGUGCGCAAAAUGGAGAAAGUUAUACCAAUGAGUUGGUUAAAUCAAAUAUUACUAGGUUUUAGUAUAGCAGCUGCAGUAUUGUCCUUAGUUGUGCAAGGAUGGACGGGUCUCUCACCUCUGCCAAUAUACAUUUCUAUCUCCUGGGCUGUAUUUGUUACAAUUGUGUCUAUAUGGCUAAGUUGCUGCCUACUACGCCUCACACUGAAAGCUAACAGUCCAAUUACUGUGAAGUUUCUGAACAAGUGGAUCCACACGAGGUUGACACGUCAUUUAAGCAUAGAUUCCUCGAUAGACGAGGGCAAGGAUGUGGAAAUCAUUCGAAAAAGUGAUAGCGAAAACCAAAAGAAUAGUAAUUCUGCGCAAGAGGCUAAUGUUAAGUGCAACAAUAAUGCAACCCCGCAAGACACAAAUGAAAUUCCCUUAACAAGAAGGAAAAAGGUGGACGUCACGGACAUGACGCGGGAAAUCAAUGCAAAGUGUAUAGAAAUUUGGUAUAAGAAUAUUAGUAAUGACAAGUCGUUUCCCGACGAGGCGCAGGACUUACUGAGCAAGUUCUUGACUAGACUUGCAUGGAAAAUUAGUCUAAUAGAUAAGAUCAAACUUACCAAUAAGUUGGCGCACGUUUUGCUAUUACAUUUAAAGGAAUACCGCAGGGCAUUGCGCCGGGUCGAGAAGGGUGCUGCGGCGAGUGUGGAAGAGGCUUACAAAUAUCUACAUCCCGGUUCUCGCAGUGCGCCGACCUUGGAGCAUAUGCUGCAUCGUUUAGUCACUGUUCUGGCGCAAGAGUUCCUGCAGUGGGAACUAACCAGCUCGUUGCCGUGCAAGCUUUUGUUAUCUAUUUUAGCAAAGAGGCUCUUAGUAACGAUAGACAUGAUAAGCUGUUCGGAUUGGAUAAUCGAGAGCUUGUUGGAAUUAUUGGAGACUUCUCCAAAGGAAGUGGCCACCCCUCCAGCUAACCAAAACGUCAAUGGUACCAUAACCGUUGCCCUGGGCGACGGUAUUACGUCCGCGACAGCAGCUGUAAUCCCGCAACAAUUGCCAAAAUCUCUACCCAAGUCUGAUUCCACGACCAGUACGAGUGAGGACAGCAGCGCAGCUUCAACGGCAGCUCCAGAGAGACCAACCCUGUGUCUGGAGGGUCUCUCCGUGGAACACAGAGGUCUUUGGGGUGACAGCAUAUCGGAUACGGAUCUGGAAUCGGAGGAAGACAAGAUAUCUCCGGUGUACGAGGAACCGACGGAUUUCGCCUCGACCAUCGCCAGGCUGAGGAGUCUGCUGCAACAGAAAUCUACAGCAAGCACGCCAUUGCAUGCUGAGGAAAAGUCCUACGUGAUAUGCGAGGGAAGCCAAUUUACCAACUUGUCGAUUCCAUGGACCGAGUUUCACACCGCGUCGGAUGGCUCGCAACAGUUGUUCUAUUGCAUACAGUUCGAUGACAUCGAGCAGCGCGGGGUCGAUCUAUUCGAAACGACCACCGCUACCGUCAGGAGACAAUAUUCCGACUUUGUCCAGUUACAUCUCAGCCUGGAAGAGAUUCCGUCGUUAGCCGGCGUGAUGUCCGAACUAGUGCUGCCCGAGGGCGGUAGGGUCGAGCUGGAGACGUACUUGAAGACACUGUGCACGCGCUUGGCGAACGAGUGCCCGCCGCAGCUGCGCCACUUCCUUCGGCCGAGCAGCGGCGCGAGCAAGAAGGCGGACGCGGUGACGCCUCGUCUGGACCGACUUCUAGCCAAGACCGUGACCGGCGUCUUCAAUACGCUGAAAACGGUGGUCGUACCAGGCUUCGAACUGGAUCAAGAGGAAGAGGCGCCUCCGUUGCCUACUCUAAUGCCGCUGUCUGAUAUACCCUGGAGAUUUGUCGAGGACAUUAAGUCGAAAAGUCUGGCCUGCGAACUGCAGCAGUUGAUCGCGGAGAGAACAGAGUACUGCACAGUGGACACGGCAUACGAGGCAGUGGAUUCGAUGGAAGCCAGCGGCGAUUCGGAACUGAUGGACUGCUGGUGGGAAACCGUUAAGAUCUCUUACGAUGAUGAGGUGGACGAGCUGGACUCCAAUCUAACACUGACGUGUACGAUGAUAGACCUGAUCUGCGAGCUUCUAGCUGGCGUCGCUAGCAACAACACGUUACAACAAGAGGCUGUCGUUAGAUGGACUAAACUGCUGUUUGGAAACAUUUCCGAGCCAGUUCUACAAGAAACGAUUCUCCGGUUAUUCGACUCCCUUAGCAAUUCUUCGGUAGUGCGGAACGCACCGCAGAGUGUCACGAGUCAAACUGAUGCACGAUCGAAAGACAAGCUGCUGCGCAUACUAGAAGGGAAGGUCUCGUACGACGUGAAACUGAUAUUCGGUGAGGACGAUGUGCACAAGGCUCUAAGCUACCUGUUGAGUUCUUACGAAAUGAAAAGGAUCAACAUGGACGUAAACAUGCAAAUGUUAGAUGCAUUGGUGUCCGAGCUGUUGAUUUCCUGCAAAAUGGAUCAUACCACGAAUUAAUGAUGAAUUUUGUUCAGCUGUCCUUCGGACGGCGGAUUAGUUACUUCGCAAGGCCCGCACGUUGUUUUAUUCCCUCGACAAUGUUUGUACUGUAUAUUGUGGAAGUUGUUGAGAUAUAUCUAUAUCAAAAUAUUUGUGUAAAGACAAUUGAUGUGCCAUAUGUAGAUCAUAUGUUGACUGUUCACUUUUCGAAAACCGAAAAACACACAUUUCUUAAAAAACGAAGACUGCGUACCUGAUUGUACAUUUACAGCAAAAAAAUAUGCCAAGUAUUUGUGUUUCCUUGGAAGACGAUAAUUGUAAAUGAAUAGCGUAACGAAGACAGUAAAUCACUGGUGAGAAGGCACUAUAUGCAUUUCUGGAUUUACUAAUUAUAGCAUUUAUAUUUAACGACUAAGUUUUGUACAAAGGAAUUGUGUAUUCCUGCGCAAACGUACGGUGCAUAUUAUACAAAGUAUACAAACCAC